AUGGGGACGUUCUACGCACAGCGGACAAGCGCGCGGGUGAGCUCCGGCCUGGCGAUAUGGAUCCCAUUCUCGGAAACACCCGCAGCGAGUGCAGCCGACGUGGCGCCGGUAGGUGGCAAGCCGUCUGCGGUGGACGUGGCACUGGAGCUAAAGCACGUGACAUGGCUCUCGUCGCUGGCACCGGCGGGCGGGUACGAGCCGGCGGGCGUGGCCAUCGCGCCUGGGUGCGGGACGUGUGGCGCGCCCGGAGUGAGCGACAAGCUCGCCAUCAGCUCGCUGGCGGAUGCGAGCUUUGCCUCACAGCGCGGGUUUUCCAUCGAUCUCUGGUUCCGCGUCCAUAACACGUCGCUACACGCGCCGCUGCUCGACGUGGCGCUUGCAGCCGGCGACCUCGAGCCCGGGUGCUCGUCGGGUGCGACGACGCUGCGGUCGUUUGCGGUGGCCCAGCGCGGCGAUGUGCUCGAGUGGUCACUGUCGGACAAGAUCAGCUCGGUAGACACGUGUCGGACGUGCGCGUCGGCAGCCGGCACUCUUGUGGCCGGCGAGCUGUACCACGCCGUCGCCGUGGUCUCUGACGGCACCUCCCCGUCGGUUAUGGACCUGUACAUCAACGGGGUGUCGGUUGCGUGCGGUGCGUCGGUGAGCGGCGCGGCGACCACCAUUUCGGCGUCAUGGGUGACUGGGCCCAACUCGCGCUGGCUGGCGCUUGGAGGCCGGGUCUCUUCCUCGGACUACGACCUGUGGACCGGCAAGCUUUACUCGGUCGCGCUGUAUGCGGCGCCGCUGACGCCCAGCGAGGUGCAGACCAACUACCGCGCCGGCGAGUACAACCAUGUUCCGGUGGCGCUGGCGCACACGGUGGCCACGCUCGAGGAUACGGCGGUCUUGGUCCAGCUCAACGCUUCGGAUCCGUACGACUCGGUCUUCACCGCGCGGAUCACUACGCUGCCACUCUCGGGCGCGCUGUACCAGUCGAGCGAGGCCGGCGGGCCAGCGGUGGCGGGAGCAAUCACGACCGUCCCUACGGUGGUCACCUCGGCGUACAACCGGGUGUGGUACGUGCCGGCGGCCAACGCGUCUGGCGUGGGCCUCGCCUCGUUCGCGUACACCAUGGACGAUUCGGAAGCUGUGUCGGCACCGGCGACGGUGACGGUCGACGUGAGCGCGGUCGACGAUCCGCCGGCGGUGCUGGCGUCUGUGGCGGCGGUGGCAGCCGGCGGCGGGGCGACGGCCAUUCCGGGCCUCUCUGUGGCCGAGCCCGACGGCGAGACGCUGAGCCUCGUCCUGCAGGCCGACUCGGGCCUGCUCACUCUCGGCUCGCUGACCGGGCUCAUUUGCCGGGUUGGCUCGUGCGCCGGAGACACUGCGCUGAUGGUGGAGGGCUCCGCGACGGCGCUCAAUGCCGCGCUCGGCUCGCUCUCGUACUCGACGCUCCUGCUCGCCUCGGGCUCGGACACCGUGGUGGCGCGGGUUAACGACGCGUCUGGCGGGCCGUGGGCCGAGGCUUCUGUCGCCGUCACCGUCACUACGUCGUGCUGAGGCAAAGUCGCUUGGCUACAGUAAACGCCACGUGUGCAUGCA